AUGCAUACAGCGGCAUCGAAGCGGGAGGAAAUACAGUUAAAGCUUGAGAUCCUCCGUCAGGAGAGGGAGAGGGAACAGAGGGCGUUUGAUGAGCUGGCUGGCAAGAAUUUAGAGAUGACCGCUGCGGAGGUUGCCCAGGCAGCCCUGAGAAAGGCAGCUGAGGAGGAGCCAACUUCCCUCAAAGUGGGAGAGAUGAUUCUGCGUGUUGGGGACUAUGUUCAGACGAUCGACGAUAUGUCCACUUUACUCCGUGAGGAAAAAGGCAUUUUUAUUCCUGACCCUGUGAAACAAGUGUACCUGGGCGAACGAGGGAAGAUCACCCGUGUCAUACCCUCAUUUCAAGGAAAGUCAGCAGUAGAGAUGAGAUUCGCUGACGGUGCCUCCAAAGUAUUUCUCACUGAGUGCCUUGACAUCGAGGAUAGAGGGAGAGGUUCUGCGAAGAAUAGCUCUGGGCAACAGAAACCGCGUUGUGAGACUUCCACUGGAGGUGAAACCGCUCCUGGUGUUACCCCUCAGUCGAAGCCUGAGGCCCCCCCGCAGCCUACAUGGGAAAUGAUUGGGGAACUAAGGCGUGCAGCUUGUGUGCAGAAUGCUAAGGAGCUUAGGAGGUCUUCGGAGUUAAAAGCAAAUAAGAGAUUUGACUCGACAAGGCUUCCAUCGACGGACGAACUGUGGAAUGCGGCAACACCAGCUCCCCCCACAAUUAUUCGCUGUGGGGGCAAGCCGAUGCUGGUUUCUUCCUCCGCUCGUGCUGCUGCUGAAAGCAACCCUUCGCUGUCUAGUUGUACGGAAACUAGGAGAUCGGGAUCUGACACUCUGAGGACUGAGGGAGUUUCUCCUACGUUAACCACGAAGUCUCGUGUCCAGAAGAAGGACGGAGCUGCGAAACCGUUAAAUACUCCGAGGGAGAGGGGCAGCGGUGGUGUUGCAUUGGCGAGCAGCCGCCCUCCAGGGUCCCGCGGUCCUCGCGAGUCACCAGCCGUUGAAAUUGCGUCUCCUCAGGUGAAACCGCCGGAAGCAUGUGUUCCCAGGGGUGGAAACCAUCGUUCCCUACCCACCGGCUGUCCAACAAAUUACCAGCCUAAAUACUCCCUGAAUGAUGGAGCCACGGGGAUUCCACGACUUGAUAGCAAGGAUGUGACUGCGAAGCCGAGGCGGUGCAAGGUGGCAGGAGUGCUUCCUGGGCAAAUUGCAUUGCAGUUUAAGCAAGUUGUUCUGAGCGGACAAGCAAAGACACUGCCGUGUGUAUUAGAUAUACUCACGCAAGCGCUUGGUUGGGAGUCCUCUGGAAGGCGGGUGAAGCGUUUGUUCACCACUGAAGGCGUUGAAAUCGCACGUGCGGAGUUUAUCACGGAUGGCAUAUCUCUUGUGGCAACGACUGGUCAUGUGUAUGCUUGCCCUCCGGCGCCCUCAAAGGGUGUAAAGGUGGAAGCAGCAAGUGCGGAGGCUUCGAGGAUUCCGGCUGGCCGGCCUGCCACGGGCACGCCCGUGAGGAAGUCACAUUCGAUUGGAGGUUCUGGUGCAGCAGGUGGCCAACCAAAGCAACAACCGAAACAGCAGCCGAAACAGCAGGAGAGAGUGCAUUGUGCUCCCCAUACAGCCCCGGGAAAGGGAAUCCUGAGACCGAUAUCCGUGCGUGUGUUUGAGAACGGAGAGUAUGGCGACAGGAAUAACGACCGAUUCCCCUUUCGUACCGUAACACUAAGGCCUGCGCACAAAACGAUGCGUGCCGUCAUGAACACAGUCGAGAGGGAGUUGGAGUGGCACGCUCUUGGGAAGAAAGUGGACACAAUAUACGACGCUACAGGUUGUGAGGUAACAUCCGUUGACCAACUGACCGACGGGCAGGCGCUUGUGGCUUCAGCUGGGGACCGCUUUGUUAUUCCCCACUCGAGCAGCAUUCUCCAUGAGGAAGUAAUGAAGCUGUCAGCAAGCUCGGAUUAUCUACCUCGUGCCGCCGUCUAG